CAUGUCGCCGCCAUCUCAUUAGGUAGAGCGAGCAUCAACUUUUCACGACCGUUGACAUUUUUUCCGAUAAGAACAAAAAAAUAAAAAACUUUCCCUCUUUAUUAUUUUCUUGGAAAAAAAAAAAAGUAAAUCAUUCCCAAUUUUCGAUCUCUCUACGUCUUCUUCCUUCUUGACCCGAGAGCUAAUGUCAAUGUCUCGCCGCGGAUUGAUUAGGAUGUUGCUCGUCGCCGUCUUCCUUGUCGUGCUUCAGUCAUCAACUGCUCUGAUUAGUUCUCCGAGUUCUAUCAUCAACCCUUCUAAAGUCAAACAAGUUUCUUCAAAACCCAGGGCAUUUGUGUAUGAAGGUUUUCUAACGGACCUGGAAUGUGAUCAUCUGAUCUCCCUUGCGAGAGAGAAUCUGCAGAGAUCUGCGGUUGCUGAUAACGACAAUGGGGACAGUCAAGUCAGUGACGUUCGGACCAGCUCCGGCACGUUUAUCUCCAAAGGAAAGGAUCCUAUUGUUUCCGGUAUAGAGGAUAAGCUCUCCACAUGGACAUUCCUCCCAAAAGAAAAUGGAGAAGACCUUCAGGUAUUGAGAUAUGAGCACGGUCAAAAAUACGACGCUCACUUUGACUACUUCCACGACAAAGUCAACAUCGCCCGUGGUGGACACCGCAUUGCAACCGUUCUCAUGUAUCUUUCCAAUGUCACAAAGGGUGGAGAAACUGUUUUCCCUGAUGCAGUGGAGUCUUCCCGCCGCCAGCUUUCAGUAAACAAAGACGACCUUUCUGAUUGCGCAAAGAAAGGAAUUGCUGUGAAACCGAAGAAAGGAGAUGCACUGCUGUUCUUCAACCUCCACCAAGACGCAACCCCAGAUACAUUGAGCCUUCACGGAGGCUGUCCUGUGAUCGAAGGAGAGAAAUGGUCAGCGACCAAGUGGAUCCACGUGGACUCGUUCGAUAAGAUUGUGACGCAUGACGGUAGCUGUGCGGAUGUAAACGAGAGCUGUGAGAGAUGGGCGGUGCUUGGAGAGUGCGCAAAGAACCCAGAGUAUAUGGUGGGAACUCCAGAGCUCCCUGGAAACUGCAGGCGUAGCUGUAAAGCUUGUUAAAGAGUUUUAAUUUUUUUUUAUUGCAAUGUAACAUGAAGUUUUUUUUUAAAUUGAUCAAUCUCUGUUUUGUCAUUUUCUUGUUUCUGAUGAGUUGUGUGUUAUGACGAUGAGACCGUCUCUUGUUCUUGAAUCAGUUGGAUUUUUUUCUA